GGGAAAAGCGAGCAUCAUGAUGAUGAACCGACACCUAGCUGUGUUGUGGCUGGAUGAUUGACUGCAGCAAAGGAAGCAGAUUUCGGUGCAACGGAGUAACAGAGUUUCGGGUUGGAUCCAGUCUGAAUCAGAGUGCACAGAGCAUCACUACUCCAGGCUGCAGGCUGUGUGAAGAGGAAGGAUUUGUGUGUGGUGGACGAUCUAUCAUGAAGCACUUGUCCAUUUCUAAAUGGCUCAGGCAGCUUGGUCUACCGCAGUACUGCACAUUAUUUGAUGAGGAAUAUGAUGGAGUUGAGGACCUGUUGCACUUGACAGAGAUGGACUUGUUGGAGUUGGGGGUUCACAGUCGACUCCAUCGCAUCCACAUCCUCUCAAGCAUCCAAGUUUUGCAGGAGCGAGAGGCCAAAAGAGAACUGAGAAUGAUGGCUGAAGGGAAGUUUGCCAGCUUGCCCAGGAACCUGCACAUGAGCCACCAGUGCACGUUGGCUUCCUCUAUGGACCUGCUGAGCUCUGGCAUGAAAGAGGUGCCUUCCACCAGCUAUCAGGGAAUAUCUAUUCAUGGCACCCUGCCCCGAAAAAAGAAGGGUGUUGCCUCCCAUUCUAGGACAUGGGAGAUGUGUGGGUCACUGCCACACCCAACACGCUGCCGCCUGCCGUCUUCACCACUUAUACACAACAUCAUAGAGGAGAACCAGCCUUUUCAGACACGGAGACAAGACUACACAUUACAGAGGGACGCCGGAGGCAUGGAUCCCACCAUGGAGUAUGUCAAGUUUUCCAGGGACAAGCAUAUCAUGGAUGGAGCUUCAGAGAAGCUACGGCGGGAGCUGGAGGAAGAGCUGAAACAGUGUGGAGAGGAACCUCACAGCCAUGCAUGGUACCAUGGAGCCAUUCCAAGACAGGUGGCUGAGAACUUGGUCCAGCGUGACGGUGAUUUCCUGAUCCGUGACUCACUGUCAAGCCCAGGAAACUACGUUCUGACAUGCCAGUGGAAGAACAGCCCCCAGCACUUCAAAAUAAACAAGAGGGUGGUGGUGAUGAAUGAAGCCUACUCACGAGUACAGUACCUGUUUGAGAAAGAGGGAUUUGACAGCAUCCCAGCUCUAGUGAGAUACUAUGUUGGUAACCGUGAGCCAGUGUCUGAGGUGGUGGGAGCCAUCAUCUUUCAGCCCAUCAACAGGAUGCUGCCAUUGCGGUCCCUCGAGGAGAAGUACGGAGUCGGAUCUGUCCGUACCGAGCCUGGCCACAGAGAAAAGAAGAACCAGAGCUCCAAACGACUGAGCUUGAAUAUCACGAACGGACAAGUCCCAGAUCACACCCAUGGCCGUGGAAACCUUCUUAGCAACAGAGAUAAGUGCGGAAGCCAGCCAGCGUGUCUAAACCACGUUCAGGAGAGGAGACGUCCGCUGAAGACCCAUCAGUCAGAGAGUUUCCUUCCACUCGGAUCAAGGCCUCAGGCACAGAUUCACCAUAUGGAGGCCCAAUCAAGCCCAAAGUCUCCUGUAUUCAGGACAGGCAGUGAGCCAGCCCUCAGCCCUACAGUCCCUCGCAAGAUGGCCUUUGAGACACAAGCAGGCGAGGCCAUCCGUGGUUCUGAUAGUCAGCUCUGCCCCAAACCACCUCCUAAACCCAGCAAAGUACCCUCCAUGAGGCAUCCCCAGUCGCCCUUUGUAGCGCCGGGACCUCCAGCGAAACCUCAGAAACACUGGCCUUUUAACCCACAGCAGUCAGUCAGCCCUGUUAGCCCAGACGUGAGCUACUAUGAGCUGAGUCCAUGUAGUCCAAGUGAUUGGGAAAGGAUCAGCACCUCUAACGGUUAUGUGGACAGGUUGAACGUGGAGGAGAAAAGAAUCAGCGGUGGGAGCACAAAGCUGGAUCGCAGCUCUUACCAUAAUGCCAUCGAAGCCCUGCAGAACAGCAGUGACGAGGAAGACAAAAAGCAGGAGGAAAAACAGAGACAAGUCAAACACGCUAAUGCAAAAAAGUCUAGAGGUUUCCAGAGGCCUGUGUUUGAGAUGGUAUCGGCAUUCAGGCCAGGGGAGGCAGAGUUCAGGUUACUGCCAUCAGAGAAUAAGCCACUGGAAAUGUCUGUGUUGAAGAGAGCUAAAGAACUGCUGGUCAGUCAGGAUCCCAAAAUCAUCGCCAAGCACAUCCUGCAAGUUGACUGUGAGGUUGCCCGGAUUCUAAAUGUUUCAGAUCAAAUUAAAUGUCAGAUGGGUGUAACCUCCGGGCUGGAACUGGUAACCCUACCACAUGGGCGGCAACUCCGUCAGGAUCUCAUGGAAAGGCAUAAUACCAUGGCGAUUGGCGUUGCCGUGGACAUCCUUGGUUGUACAGGGAGCCUUGAAGAGAGAACAGCCACGCUGAACCGAAUCAUUCUGGUCGCCCAGGAGCUAAAAGACUCAAUGGGAGACCUUUAUGCCUUCUCAUCCAUAAUGAAAGCACUGGACAUGCCUCAGAUCACAAGACUGGAUCACACAUGGACCACCUUACGUAGGAAUUACACACACACUGCCAUCCUUUAUGAGAAAUCUCUUAAACCCUUCUACAAAGGCCUGUAUGACGGGAAUGCAGAGGUUCCACUGAGCAGAGCCACUGUGCCACUGUUGAUGCCUCUUCUCACCUUGAUGGAAAGACCAGUAGUUGCAUUUGAGGGCAUGGAGCUCUGGGAAAGCAAUGACCAGGGUUGUGAGAUCAUGCUGCGCCAUCUAGAGGAGGCCCGUGCUGUUUCACGGAACGCUGAUACCUACACCUAUAAUGCCAAGAGAGUCCUGCAAGACUUCAGUCCUAAUGAGGAUAUGUUGGAGAUCCUGAAGACAGACUUCCAGUUACGCCUGCUCUGGGGCAGUAGAGGAGCCGGGGUAAACCAAACAGAACGGCACGACAAAUUCAAACUCAUCCUGACUGCACUGUCCAGAAAACUAGAGCCUCCUGUUAAACAAACAGAACUCUGAGGAAAGCAGACACAGAUCACUUCUAAGCACCAUGUGGAAGCAUGUAAAAUAAUUGCAGAAUACACAUGGCCCUCUUGGGUGGAAGCUCUUUUACAAGUGCUUUGGUACAACACAUCUUCCAUGAACAGUACUGCAUUCCAAAUGACUUUAAUCCAUACACACACUCUGGAAUAAUCCAACUAAUACAAGUUGGUAUUUUUCUGCCCUCUUUACAGUAUUGCACAUGAAGAGUGCUCAGAGAGACAAAGGUACAUGGAGAAUAAAAAGGAAUCGUUCACUUAACAAGUGGUGAUUAAACAAUUUUAAUUAGUUAACUUCAUAACUUAAAGGUUCGAGUUGAUGAAAAGAAGGACACAUGGAUGGAGAACUAUGCAUGUUCUCUAAAUUUUAAAAACGUCUGUUGUAUUUAUACCUUAACAAUUGUCCAGUCAAUGGUUUUAGUCUAGAGCUGUAUUGUAAAGUAUGAUGCGAUUUCAACAACAACUGUGUAAAUGAAAGACGUGUACCUGUAAAACACUGUAUAUAAUUGUUAGUAAGGUAAACAUGCAAAUUUUAAUCCAUGUAAUAUAGUUUAUUUGUAAUUGUCACUUGUGUAAAUAUCUCAAUUUUAAUAUCUUUCUAUGAACUGUUGCAAAUGUAUAGAUAAAGAAAUCUAAAUAAAAUGUCUAACUCAAAGGCA